UCAGCUGAUUGUGGGCCUUGAGGAUUCUGGCCCUCCCUGAUUUUUUCUGUUGCAGUCAGUUGUUCAGUCUUAUUAGGAAAAGAGGGAGUUGUCUAACAGCAGAGGAGAGUUUUGCUGAAUGUUAACUGAGGGAUGCAGCUCUCUUGGCUUUAACAUUAGUUGCCGAGGUGAGGACAUUUCUGACUGAGUGUGUUUGCUUACAUCCCUGUGUGGGGCUGCUGUCACUGCUCUUCUCCUCCAGAACAACUGUAACUUCACUUUACAGGCUGACAAGCUCCAUCUCUGAGCCGUUCAUUCACUUUACUUUUACUUUGUGGUCGGACACCACCAGCAGCAAACUCCAGACCUAACUCCCAAGUUGUCAGAUCGGCGUCCUCCCGUUGGGUCCAGACGAGGAGGAUGGAGACGAGCCCCAUCCCGGUGGUGACGGUCCAAACCGCCCCCUUCGACGACCAGCGGCCCGGUACCAACGGGCUGCGGAGGAAGACAGCGGUGUUCGAGGGCAAGAAGAACUACCUGCAGAACUACAUCCAGAGCGUGUUGUCCUCCAUCGACCUGCGGGACCGGAAUGGGUGCACCAUGGUGGUGGGCAGCGACGGCCGCUACUUCAGCCGAGCUGCCAUCGAAGCGAUAGUGCAGAUGGCAGCUGCCAAUGGGAUUGGUCGUCUGGUGAUUGGCCACAACGGCCUCCUGUCCACCCCUGCUGUUUCCUGCAUCAUCAGGAAGAUCAAGGCCAUCGGUGGGAUCAUCCUCACAGCUAGUCACAACCCUGGAGGCCCUGGUGGAGACUUUGGAAUCAAGUUCAACGUGGCAAACGGAGGCCCGUCUUCGGACACAGUGAUGGAGAGGAUCUACCAGGUGAGCCGAACACUUGAGGAGUAUGCCAUCUGCCCCGAUCUCCGCAUUGACCUUUCCAGGCUGGGAAGACAAGAAUUUGACCUGGAGAACAAGUUCAAACCUUUCAGAGUGGAGAUCGUGGACUCAGUUGAGGUGUAUCUACAGCUGCUGCGAAACAUCUUUGACUUUAAUGCCAUUAAAAGUCUCCUCACAGCACCAGGUCGGCUGAAGAUCCACAUAGAUGCAAUGAAUGGAGUGACGGGCCCAUAUGUACGUAGGAUCCUGUGUGAUGAGUUGGGGGCCCCUGCUAACUCAGCGGUCAACUGUGUCCCUCUGGAGGACUUUGGUGGCCGCCCUCCUGAGCCCAGCUUGACUUACGCCACCUCUCUGGUAGAUGCCAUGAAAGGAAGUGACUUUGGCUUUGGAGCUGCAUUUGAUGCGGAUGGGGACCGGUACAUGAUCCUCGGAGAAAAAGGCUUCUUUGUAAACCCAGCUGAUUCAGUGGCCAUCAUGGCUGCCAACCUCUCCACCAUCCCCUACUUUAGACAGCAUGGUGUCAGAGGCUUUGCCAGGAGUAUGGCCACAAGCACCGCCCUUGACAGGGUAGCCAAAGCCAUGAAACUGGCGCUGUAUGAGACUCCGGCAGGCUGGAGGUACUUUGGGAACCUGAUGGAUUCUGGGCGUUGUUCCCUCUGCGGGGAGGAGAGCUUUGGGACAGGUUCAGACCACAUUCGUGAGAAAGAUGGUUUGUGGUCAGUGCUGGUGUGGUUGUCCAUCAUGGCGGCCAGGAAACAGGGUGUGGAGCAGAUCGUGAGAGAGCACUGGGCCAAGUUUGGACGCAACUAUUUCUGCAGGUUUGACUACGAAGGCCUGGAUCCUCGUGCAGCUUUUUACUUGAUGAGGGAUCUGGAAGGAGUAAUCUCAGAUAAAGCAUUCACCAGCCAGAAGUUUGCUGUGGGAGACCACAUAUACAGUGUGGAGAGAGCCGACAACUAUGAGUACAUCGACCCCGUGGAUGGAGCAGUGGCUCGAAACCAGGGUUUAAGGAUCAUCUUCACCGAUGCAUCGCGCCUGGUGUUUCGGAUGAGCGGGAGCGGCGGCGGGAUGGGUGCCAUCAUCCGCAUUUAUGCCGAGAGCUUUGAGAGAGACCCUGAGAGACACAGCAGGGAGACACAGGUGGUGCUGGGUCCUCUCAUUGCCAUUGCCCUGAAGCUCUCCAACAUCCAUGAGAGGACAGGCCGCCGUGGCCCCAACGUCAUCACAUGAGCAAGCGGGAAAACACACACAUGCAUGCACACACAUGCGCAUUCAUCUACCUGCUCACACAGAUAACCCCCCCC